AUGCAGUCUUACUACUUUCAAGAACUUGACAUUUGGCAAGCUCACUGAGAAAUAAAAAAAAUAAAUAAAUGGAAAAACCUUAUCCUUUCUAACACCACACACCUUCCUACAGGCUGCAGCUCUUCUCCUCGCUGUCCUCACCACAAAAAAAAAACAAUGGCAACCCUUCAUUUCACCCCCUCUCCUUUUUUAUUUCUCGCCAAACCAAAACAUCCCACCACAAUUUCUACCUCCCACUACCAGCUUAACCCCAGAGCCCGCCAUGGCUCUUUCAGAUUCUCAACAUUCAUUGCAAGGUCUUACAAAGUUGUGAUAGAGCAUGAAGGUCAGUCGACAGAGCUAGAGGUGGAGCCCGAUGAGACCAUUCUAUCCAAGGCGUUGGACUCUGGCUUGCCUGCGCCACAUGACUGUAAGCUUGGGGUAUGCAUGACUUGCCCUGCUAAGCUCUUAAGCGGCUCAGUUGAUCAGAGUGAAGGUAUGCUUAGUGAUGAUGUUGUGGACCGUGGAUAUGCACUGCUGUGUGUAUCUUACCCAAGAUCAGAUUGCCAUAUCAAGACUAUACCUGAGGAAGAGCUGCUGUCAUUGCAGUUAGCAACAGCUAAUGAUUGAAUUGUUUAUGCUUGAUUCAGUUUCUAAAAGGUAAAUUUUGAUUCCAAAAUUGUGUUUGUCGGAUCCCUAUUCAUGACAGGACAAUAGUAGGGUUAUCCCAUCAGUUACUAUUGUAAUUUUACCUGAAAAAUAUUAAUUUGCAUCGUCCAUUUAUCGUCCAUUCAAAGUUCAAUAAAAUGAUUAUGAUCCAGAUUGUGAAGGUGUAGGAGAAUGAUCCCCAAUUGAUCCUUCAUGUCUGGGG